UCAUGCUUUAUCCUUUUGCUCAUUGCGUAGGGUAGAGAAACCACGUCAGGAAAUUGAAACGAUCAAUCGUGACCGUCGGAUUUUUGUCCCAUUUUCUCCUCGUCGGCAUGGAGAUCUACUUGAAACCGUCGCUGAUUCUUACUUAGGUUUUAUUCGCUUCUUCUACUUUUAGCGGCGCUGCGAAUCCAUGAUCGUCACGGUCAUCAGCUGAAUUCGACUCUCACUCUUUCACUUCGAGACUGAGUCUAAAGAGUUAGCUCUAACAUCCCUCCUCGAUUUUACUCGCAUCUCGCAAGACAAAGUGUACGGUUAUGAGCAAUAAUUUAAAGCAAUCUGUUUUCUGUGCCAGUCUUUGAAGCUCUUAAGUAGUUGAAAGAGAAUGAGAACGAAGCGAAAACGAGCAUGCAGGAAACUCCCUGCCCGAAAACCGACUGCAUUGGCCAAAAAUGAAGAAGCAGUGAACCAAGUUGAAAAAACAGUGAACCAAAGCGAGGAAGUAUUUUUAAAUUUUAUUAACCAUAAUAGGCAAGAGGAUGCUGUGUCUGCAGAUUCGAAUGAUUUGGAAGUAGUUAACUCGGACCCUGUUGGGGCCAAGAGUAAUUCAUCUUCAUUGUGCUAUUCAAGUGACAGUGAAGAGUCGUUUAGUGCUGAAGAAAGUAGCUCUGAUGACUCAUCAGUUGAAAGGAGAUCAAGGAAUUCAACUAAAGGACAUGGUAAUGCAAAGCAGAAAUCAAGUAAAUUUCCAAGGAAAGGGAGGAAAGAUGGUGAUAAACCGCCCAGGGUUUUGCAUUCUUCCAGUAAAAAGCAAGAUGAAUCUUCGUUGCCUCAGCAGGACUCUCGCUACAAUAUGAAAGAAACGAAAGCUGCAUUGGAGGUGAUUAAGAAAAUAAUGAAGAUGGAUGAGGCUAAACCAUUUAAUGUUCCCGCCGAUCCUGUUGCUUCAAGAAAACCUGAUUACUUUAAUGUAAUAGAUACACCAAUGGAUUUUGGUACAAUAUGUUAUAAUUUAGAAAAUAGCACAAAGUACAUGAAUGCAGAAGACGUUUUUAAUGACGUACAAUACAUUUGGGAGAACUGCUGCAAGUCCAAUAAGAAGGGAGAGUACAUAGUAUAUCUAAUGAAACGAGUGAAGAAAAAAUUCAUGAAGUACUGGAUAGCCGCUGGCUUGAGCACUGAACAAUCAAGAAAGAUUAACGUGGGAACUUCAUACAAACCAUCUACAACAGACUAUGCUCCAAGACAUAGUGCACAUGAGCCUUUCUAUCCAGGGGGUGGUGCGGUAGAUGGCGCCAGCCAUAUGCAGCAGGGUCAAUUGGGUUUUUAUCAUCAUUAUCCGUACUUUCCUCCAUCAGGCUAUAGCCAACCUCAUCAGUUGCCGCAAUCUGCACCAAGCACUACAUGGACACAGUUGGCCCCAGGGAGUUAUCAUCUACCUCAGCAGUCACAGCAUCCGCAACCAAGCACUAGUCAACCACAAUUCUCCCGGUUACAAGCUCGCACAGGAUAUUCAAAUUUUCAGCCUCCAGGAGAUGUAGCCCCAAAACACAAAAAGCAUGCAUCUAAGAAACAAAAAAAGAACUCAGCUAUGGGUCCUGCAGCCUCCAUUCUCAGUGAGCCACUAGACCAGUCGCAACAGCCUCAUUUGAGCUACUGGCCGCCGUAUGGUCUGCAGCCGUACCAACAGAGCAUCAACCAGCUACAAUUCUCUCAAUUGCAAGCUGCCGUAGAUGGUGGACACUCACACUUGCUGCCUCAAGCAGAUUAUACAAGGUCCCGUGGCUACGUUCCCUGUUAUCCAGUGGAUCCGAUGGUUCUCCCUGGCCAAUCACAUCCCUUGCAGUCCCCAUUGAACCAUGGGGAAUCUAGUGAGCUACAGCAACGGCAACCGAAGGCAAGCCAUUGCCAGCCUCAGUCGUCCCAGCUGCAAGAUAAUGUCGAUAUUGAACAUUCUCACAUGUCUCUUACGGAUUCUACCGUGAGGGGUAUUAGAUGUGCACUUAAGUAUUCUGCUGGCCCCACAACCAACAAAUCUAACCGAGUAAAUCAGGAGCAGUUGGGCCAUGCCAAAUCGCAGCCCGAGCAGACCCCACAGAGCCUGGAACAGCAACAGUUCACAAAAAAGAGAAGAGGAAGAGGUCCUACACGCUGCCGCUUCUUGGAGGACCUGGCAGAAGGUGAGCAGAUAUUUGUCCAGAUCAACAAGCUUGGACAGCCUGUUGGUCCAAAUGCAUACAAGCUAAGCUGCUUCCUGGGCACAAUAGCACGGAAUGGACACAAAGCACCCCUUACCUUUAUUCACUGGAGGGCAAUGCCAGAUUCUUAUAAAGGGGACAUGUGGGAAUAUGUUCAGACAAAGUUUGACAUUGAUCCAAGUGGCAAGUCUUGGGUCAUGCAGGCUAUUGGUACAAAAUGGAGGGACUGGAAAGCAGAUUUAAAGGCAAUGUAUUACGAUUCUCUUAAGACGGAUGAAGAACACUUGAAGGUAUGUGAUCCAAGGGUUGUCCCUGAGCAAUGGUCAAGCCUUAUUUCAUACUGGAACACUGAUGAGGCAAAGAAGCGUUGUGCAAGAAAUAAGGCUAUCCGUAAAAAACAGACUUGUGGACAUUCAUCAGGGACCAAGAGUUAUGCAAGGAUAUGUGAGGAGGAGCGAAACAACAGGCCAGAUGGGAAGGAACCAACUAGAGCUGAGCUUUAUAUACUAACACAUACACACAAGGAUGGACAGCCUGUUGAUGAGACUGCGGCAGAAUUAAUUUCAAAGAUCCGCGAACAAGAAGAUAAGAAGCAGAAUAACUCACAAUGUAGUGAUGAGUCAAAUGACACCUUGUGUCAAGUUAUGGGAGAAGAAAAAGGUGACUGUGUGGAAACUUCUGGAAUGGGUCCCAAUCGUACUGGUAUUUUUGGCUCAAGGCCUAGCCGUGCUGCCCUUGUGAGGAUGGCUUCCGAGGCCAAAAGUUCCGCAAAUGAGGAGGUGCGUAAGAUGACAGUGAAAAUGGAGGCCAUGGAGGAAAAAUAUACCCUCAUGGAAAACCACAUGGCUAGAAUUGCCUCAAACAUGGAAAAGUUUCUACAGAAGAUUGGUGUGUCUUCAAAUAUUUUGGGGUCUGAACAGCAUUUCCAUGAGGAGGAAGACCCGGAAGAUGAUGAUACUUAACGGACUUUACCACCGUUUUCGCCGUAGGUGGCAUUAUUCUGAUUCAAAUUGGUAGUGUUUUAAUGUUGAACUUUUGAAACA